UUCUUGGUUGGAAAUUCGAUAAUCUCAAAUUCCCGCAUUGAAGUUGCAGAAACGUAAUUGAGCGACGGAAGAUGAAUCAAAAUCAGAUAAAGUGGAGUGGCUCCACUUCGCCAUUAAUGCUCUUCUUUCUUAGCAUAUCUUUUUGCGUCACGAUUCCACUUUUCUUCGAAAGCGGAUGAUAUAGAAAGACAAUUCAGACAACGAGAGUUGAGUUGCGGGGGAAGUGGACAAUGGCUCUUCCAACAAUGUUACUCUCAUCUUCCAAUCUCUAUCAUCUCUCAACAAAAUCCCCCAACCUUAUCCUCCCACUUCGCUGUUCUUCUUCAGCCUCCGUUUCGGCUCGAUCCAAGUCCAUCCACUUCGAUCUCAAAACUUAUUGGGCCAAAUUGAUCUCCCAGAUCAAUCGGAGUCUGGACGAAGCCGUUUCGGUUCAGUACCCGGCGCAGAUCUACGAGGCCAUGCGAUACUCCGUCUUGGCCGAGGGAGCCAAGCGAGCCCCGCCGAUUAUGUGCGUCGCCGCCUGUGAGCUCUUCGGCGCCAACCGCCUCGCCGCUUUCCCAACUGCCUGCGCUCUCGAAAUGGUUCAUGCAGCCUCAUUGAUCCAUGAUGACCUUCCCUGCAUGGAUGAUGACCCGUCACGGCGAGGGCAGCCCUCAAACCACACAGUCUACGGUGUCGACAUGGCGAUUCUUGCCGGGGAUGCACUUUUCCCACUCGGGUUCCGCCACAUCGUAUCGCACACUCCGAAUGACCUUGUCCCAGAGGCUCGCCUCCUCCGCGUGAUCACCGAGAUUGCCAGAGCAGUUGGAUCGACAGGCAUGGCAGCUGGGCAGUUCCUAGACCUCGAAGGAGGCCCCAACUCCAUUGAAUUCGUCCAAGAAAAGAAAUUCGGGGAGAUGGCCGAAUGCUCUGCCGUGUGUGGAGGACUAAUAGGUGGAGCAGACGAGCACGAGAUCGAGAGAUUGCGGAGGUACGGGAGAGCAGUCGGGGUGCUGUAUCAGGUUGUGAAUGAUGUUAUGGAGGAAAAGAGGAGGAAAGAAGAAGGAAGAACGAAGAAGGGGAAGCGCUAUGUGGGGAUUUAUGGGAUUGAGAAAGCCAUGGAUGUGGCAGAGGAGCUUAGAGCCAAGGCCAAAGAAGAACUUGAUGGCUUUCAGAAAUAUGGCGAUUCUGUGCAGCCUCUCUAUAGCUUUGUGGAUUUUGCUGCUGAUAGAGGCUUUUCCAUUGGUGAUUCAAGUGAGUAAUUUAGGAUUCAAAAAGAUCAUAAAUUACUUAACAUUAUUGUCUGGUAGUUUACACUCUUCAUUAGAAAUUUAUGAAUGCAUCUUCACUUUAUAGAUGUAAGUAUAAAUAUAUGUUAAAAAGUGGAUUAAACCUUAGCCAUAAUGAGAAUCCGCUGCCUCCAAAACAUUUAUCAGAACUCCCUCAUAUAUCAUAACUAUGAUGCUUACAAAAUAUUAAUAUCCUUCCAUCUUGUU